AGCCUUCCUCACACUGCUCCACCUAACUGGAAGCAACGACGGCUGCUUAAUCUUUCAUUGGGAAAAAAGGGUGAAAGGCGAGACGAAACCGUCAAAAAAAAAUUGUCUUUGUUAUUCUCUCAGCCUCCAGCCAAAAUGAUCCACAGCCUGUUCCUAAUCAACGCCUCAGGGGACAUUUUCCUGGAGAAGCACUGGAAGAGCGUGGUCAGCCGCUCUGUGUGUGACUACUUCUUUGAGGCACAGGAACGCGCCACCGAGCCGGAGAACGUCCCACCAGUUAUACCCACACCGCAUCACUACCUUAUCAGUGUGCUCCGGCAUCGCAUCUACUUUGUUGCAGUCAUCCAGAGCGAGGUGCCGCCGCUGUUUGUCAUCGAGUUCCUGCACAGAGUCGUCGACACGUUCCAGGACUAUUUUGGAGUGUGUACAGAGGCUGCUAUUAAGGACAAUGUGGUAGUGGUCUAUGAAUUACUGGAGGAGAUGCUGGACAACGGCUUCCCGCUGGCCACAGAGUCCAACAUCCUCAAAGAGCUCAUUAAGCCUCCCACCAUCCUCCGCACGAUGGUCAACACCAUCACAGGCAGCACCAAUGUUGGUGAACAGCUCCCUACAGGCCAGCUGUCAGUGGUGCCAUGGCGACGCACAGGAGUCAAAUACACCAACAACGAGGCCUAUUUUGACGUGGUGGAGGAGAUCGAUGCUAUCAUCGAUAAAUCAGGCUCCACUAUUACAGCAGAAAUCCAGGGAGUCAUUGAUGCCUGUGUCAAACUGACCGGAAUGCCCGACCUCACUCUCUCUUUCAUGAAUCCUCGUCUGCUGGAUGAUGUCAGCUUCCACCCGUGUGUUCGGUUUAAGCGCUGGGAAGCUGAGCGGAUCCUCUCCUUCAUCCCCCCCGAUGGAAACUUCCGGUUGCUCUCCUACCAUGUCAGCUCUCAGAACCUGGUGGCCAUCCCAGUGUACAUCAAGCACAACAUCACCUUCCGAGAGGGAAGCUCCCAGGGACGUUUUGACUUGACUCUGGGACCCAAACAGACCAUGGGAAAGGCCGUGGAGGCGGUCCUAGUCAGCAGCCAGCUGCCCCGCGGCGUCCUGAACGCCAACCUUAACCCCUCCCAGGGAACAUACACCUUUGACCCAGUCACAAAGAUGUUGAGCUGGGAUGUUGGCAAGAUCAACCCACAGAAGCUUCCCAGCCUGAAAGGCACCAUGAGCCUGCAGGCCGGGGCCUCCAAACCCGACGAGAACCCCACCAUCAACAUCCAGUUAAAGAUCCAACAGAUGGCCAUCUCAGGGCUGAAGGUGAAUCGACUGGACAUGUACGGUGAGAAGUAUAAACCUUUCAAAGGCAUCAAAUACAUGACGAAGGCUGGCAAGUUCCAGGUGCGGACAUAAAGACUACUGCUCUGUGACGACUGGACCAAACCACCAUGACACUGAUGGGUGCUGUGAUGGGGGAAGAAAGGGGAGUUGGUACAUUCCCUGUGUACAGUAUAUGCAUUUCAGGAUUUAACAAAUUGGAGGCUCCAUGUAGCAGUUAAGAAUGGAUCAUAGCACAUAAAAUACCCUCUGUUGAAGUAAAAGCGUCUAAUGUCCAGCAACUUGGUCAGAGGUUUGAGUCUAAAGAGUUUGAACCAAGAGUAAUAAUGGUGCGUUCCAUUUGAAGUCGGAAUUUCCAAGUUCCAAGUCGGACAUUUCGACUGUAACGUCCCCCUGAAGUCGGAUUUCCGAGUCGGAAAGUCGCAGAACCUCGCAGUACCCCAACCUCAAAAUCCAACAUGGCUGCUCUGUGAAUCACCAGUUAAUAAGCUUUUCUCUUAUUUGUGACUCACUAAAUCAGUCGUACACACAGUAGGCUACUGUCCAUUUUCUAUUUGUGGACAUGUUGUUAUGCUGUCCGUAUGCACAAAAAACAGAGUAAUGCGUUAUCAACGGCUAACCUGGCUAGAGCAAACAAAAACAAACGGUUAUUCUGACUCGUUUUACUGGAACACGAUCAUCAUCGGGUGUGAUGUCAUUCCCAGCUCUGACUUCCGAGGUAAAUGGAACGCACCAUAAAGCAUUUCCAUCUUUGUCCGAGCUGAACCAAGGCCCAACCCAACCCAUCUCAAUUUAUAUUUCUCUUUGGAUGUACUGCUGACAGCAUUUUUAACCAAUCAUUCGGUCUCAGUAUUCAACCAAAACCAAACCCAAGCAGUUACGUGAGAAGUUUGUGCAAGUUUAUGUUAAUACAGGCUUCAUCAAGUUGAGUAAUUGAUUGUCCAUGGCAUGUUUGUCACCCAAACAAGAUAUAUUAGAUAUUGGAACAAUGGUAUAUCAAAAAAAGAGCUUCCCUUAUGAUAAACUGAGAUUGCAUGAGCCAUAUAGUGUGGCAGAAGUUCCGUGUUUUCCCAUGUCAAAGGACCUCUGUAAGAUAAACAACAGAGUUGUCUUUCAGCACAUUAGUACACCAAACUGAGUCAAGGAACUAGUGGCAGUUGAUCAGGUGGAUAUGCUGUAACAGCCUAUACAGUACUGUACGUUUUUUUGUUUUUGUUUAAAUCAGUAGGACAGUCAUACCUCUGUUCGAGAAAACCUAAAUUAAAGCAAAAAUUCUCUUUUUUUUCACAAAACUUGCUCCUCAAUUUUAACGAACACAAUUCUACAUUACUUUUCUCGAAUCUUUAUUAAAUUAUUCAUUGCAAACUACCCAACACGACAUCAUGACUUCGCGUAAACAUACACGGCCACUUUCUUAAGACAAGUGGCGUGUUUUCUGCCGCAUUUUGAGCUAUCCGCGUGUAUGUCCACGCUGUAUACAGCGGACGUAAACCUACACGCCACUUGGCGUGUUAUCGUGAGAAGAAAACGACGGUUGAGUUUAGGAAACGUGAGACGCGGGACCUGAUCCCUGGUCUCCUGGGUGAAAGUCCUGUGUUGUUUGACCCAUCCUUCACCCCGACCAAACUCCCUACGUGGAUUUUCGCCCUUUCAUACUACUCGCUGCGGCGUCAAUUCAUACGCAAUUGCAAGGUAGUGUAAGUCAACGGAGGCCAAACGGUGUUGAUAAACACGCUAAAAAGCCAGUAUGCGUCUUGAUAACACGCCAACAAUGGCAUACGAAAGUCAUACAUACGCCACUUCAUGACAUCAGUCUGACCUACCGAUGAAAAUUGAUAUCGCUGUAUUUCUCAUCGCCCUUCUGCCUCCCCUUUCUAGUUUUUCUGGUUCCUUUUCAAGCAUUCCUCCGUUUGCCUUCCUGUUUGUUCUGUUCUUGUGCUCCUCUUUUCCUCGUUGCAAUAAUUUGAUGAUUUUUGCCUGCAGCGCCGGCGUCAGCACGCUGACGUGUAAGAAUGUGACACUGGAGCCGUCCUCAAUCAUGCACUUUCACAUCUGCUGGUACUAACGUUUCCUUUUAAUGCAAGUGAGAUGGAUGGAGACUGUUUGAGCUAUUUAUUACCAUGAAGGUUUCUGGGAGAAUUUCACCUGGUUUAUUCUACUUUAACUAUUAUUUAUUAAACAAAACAAGAGAAUCCAUUUGCUUAAGUAAUGUCUUGAGCAGUGUUCCAUUAAAUUCUUAAAAGCUUUAA